UUAAUUUGUCUCCUCUUGUUCACGGGUGAUCAACACAGCCAUGUAUACGGGUGUCUGAACGUUAACAAGACUAGUUAAGUUGUAGGUUAUAUUAUUAGGGUUACCGGCACUUGAACCUUUAUUAUUUUCUGCUUUGGGGUUUUACAUAAGAGGAAAUGGAGAGGUUUGUGCUGAAGGCCGGUACCCGGGUGGUGCGGGGCCCCGACUGGAAUAGUAAGAGACAAGACAGUGGAGAGGGGUAUCUGGGUACUGUUAUCUAUGUUCCCAAGUCAGCAAUGGCCGACAAAAAAGUCACAGUUAUAUGGGACUCGGGACGAGAACUCCGGUACCGUGCUGGACAGGAUGGGAAAUAUGACCUCAGAAUUUUUGAUACAGCUCAAAUUGGUAUCAAACAUGAGUACAUCUCCUGCUCUGAGUGUACAGUGACACCAAUAGCUGGUAUGCGGUGGAAGUGUUCUUCAUGUACAGACAUCAACCUGUGUACUCCUUGUUACAUGGCGGACAAACACAACAUCAAGCAUGGCUUUGUUAGGAUUGAUGUGGAGAAGGCUACGCCGUGGUCUGUACUCAAGAGAGAGGGAAGUCGACAAGUGGACUCCAGAGGUCUGUUUAUAGGUACAGAGGUAAUGAGAGGACCACACUGGAAAUCGAAGAAUGUUGAUGGGGGCGAAGGGGAGAUGGGGAAAGUGACAAAUCUGAAGGAAUGGAAUAAACAGUCACAGCGAGGGGGUGCAUCAGUGUUAUGGAAGUCUACCAAAGAGGAACAUCUGCAUCGUCUAGGUGGAGAGGGCUGCGUGGAUAUCAUCUUCACGGGCAGUAAACAGGCCAAAUCAGGUGGCAAAUAUUACCCAGAACAUCUACCUUUGGUUGAUGUUGUAAACAAGGGUAACUAUACUGUAGCACUAAAACCAUCUGACAAAGUCCAGGUAUGUAUGGACAUGAAGUCUCUACGACAGCUUCAGGACAACGACGACAGAUAUACACCGUGGAGUGAGAAAAUGGAACAGUGUAUCAAGGAGGAAGGAACUCUGAUCAAGCUGUUACAUAGAGGAGAUGUUGGCAAAGUCCAGUACCUAGACGGCCAGAUAUGGGACCUCAACCGCAAAGCUCUCACUCGAGUUCAUACAUUUAGCAAAGAUGACUUGGUGGAGAUACUGGGAGACAUGGAACAGGUGAAAUUGUUACAGGCUGGUCACGGUGGCUGGAACGAUGACAUGAAACAGGUGCUGAAGAAACAGGGACGAAUUGCACGAAUAGACAGUGAUGGAGACAUUCGUGUGAAGGUAGAUGAUCGUAUGUGGAUCUUCAACCCUGCUUGUAUCAUGGCAUGCACCCCAGAAGGAGCUGCCUCGAAUGCACCACCAUCUCUGAUGGGAACAUCUGUGGUGGUAGAUGAUGAUGAGGAGGACAGCUCAGAGGAGAUGGAAAUGAGCAUCAGUGGAAAGGAUGUAUCUGAGACAAUAGCUCAGCUUUUUGUUGACAUGCUGAAAGUCCAACCCCCUCUACAAGCUGCCUCUGCUAACAUUGUACAGGCAGCCUCUCAGAAUGACAUUAACACAAUACAACAGGUUCUCAGCCAGACACCCGACAAGGUGAACUUUACCCAGGAUGGGAAGACAGCCCUACACCUGGCUUGCUAUGAAGGACAUUCUCAGAUUGUGACACUUCUCCUGGAACACAAGGCUGACCUUGACCUUAAGGAUGGGGAAGGAGACAGUGCCCUGCACUAUGCUGCCUUUGGGAAGGAAACAGAAACAAUGAAACAGUUAUUGGAUAAGGGGGCAAAGGUCAACAUAGUGAAUAAGGCUGGUCAUAGUCCAUUACACAUCUCUAUUGGAAAGGCAUGUGUGGAGGCAGUGCAGGUUCUAGUCCAGUUUGGAAGUGAUGUCAACAUAAAGGCAAGUGAUGGAGACACUACCAUGCAUGAUGCUGUACAACAGAAAAAUGGACAACCCGAGAUCAUGGAAGCUGUUCUUAAAUCUCACAAAGCGGAUCUCAAAAUCCCGAACAAAGAUGGUUUCAAUUUACUGCAGUGGGCAGGACUGAAGAACAAUGUUGGGGCAAUGAAGCUGAUUUUAGCACUGAAUAAAAACUUUGUUAACGACCAGACCAUGGACGGGUUUACAGUUCUCCAUAUCGUAGCCGCUAAUAACUUUGUGGAUGCCACUAAUUGCCUUGUUGCAAGAUCUAGAUCUGAUAGCCGCUUGAACAUUGACAUUGGUGACAAGGAGAAGAAAACACCACUGCAUUAUGCUGUGAACGGAGGUCACAAACAGGUGAUCGAGCUGCUCAUAGCUGCAGAAUCUGAUGUGAAUGCCCAGGAUGACUUCGGGAAUACAGCCUUACACUUGGCAUUAAGUAGAUCAGGCCCAUCAAAAGAGUGUGAUAAAAUCAUGGGCGCUAAAAAGGAUCAUGAAGUAACAACACAGAUUGUCUGUCUGUUACUCGAGUCCCGUGCUAAUAUCACACUCAAAAACAAAGAUGGUGACACACCCCUCGACCUAGCCGCUGACCCUAUGGUUCGUAUGUUCAUGGAAAGACUGGCCGAUAAAGCCAAGCACAACAAGUUUGAAACAACCAAACGAGGCAUUACCCUACCCUCUACCUGGGAUACGAUGAAGACUGGCGAAAGCUUUAAACGCAUACUUGUUUCUGUAGAGGGGGGUGGCAUGUUGAAGAUGGAGUAUGAAAAUGUGUCCAGGAAGUUUCAUAUCACGCUACCCCAGGCAAAGAUCUUCAGUAUUCACCGUGUCCAGAACAUGUAUCUGUGGGAGGUCUACUAUCUAAAAAAGCGUCAAUUGGAAGGGCAGUAUGGAAUGGGUGGAGCCAAUGAAUUGGAGCUUUUCCAUGGGACACUCCCAGAUAAGAUCGAUAAAAUCUGUAAGGAAAAUCUGGAUUUUCGAUUGGCUGGCGAGCGUGUUGGUGCCAUAUUUGGUCAGGGGACAUAUUUCGCUGUAGAAGCUAAGUACUCAGAUCUAUACGCUCAGGCAGAUGAAAAGUAUCACAAAUUCAUGGUGCUGACACGUGUUUUGGCAGGGAAGUGUUGUGUUGGUAAAAAUCAGUACCGUCGCCCACCACCUGUUGAUCCAUCUGACCAGCAUUCUCGACUCUACGACUGCUGUGUGGACAACGUGAAGAACCCAAAAAUAUUCUGUUUAUUUGAUACCAAUCAAUAUUAUCCAGAAUAUAUUGUUGAAUAUAAAUAACAUGGCUUAUUUAACUUGUUUAUUUCUGUUCUGAAGAAUAACAAGAAUGAGCCAUUUUUGAUAUAUUUACAUGCUUACUGGAGUGAUAUCUUUUGAUAAUGUGCUGAGACCUGAGUAGACUGUUGUAUACUACAUGUACACAAUGUUUAUUGAUGCAGCACCUGCCAUACAAAUAGAAUUGUGUGCUGGAGAGGUAUAUUUAUGCUUUAUUUGAUAAUAUAUUCCAUUAUAAUAUGACAAAGCAACAAAGAUCGACAACCAACUUGUAUAUUUACCAUUUACUUGAAGCUUUAAAACAUUUGCUGAGCUCUUCAGGUAGGAUCUACUGUACAAACUUAUUAAAUUAUUAAAUUAUAAGGAAUGAUUGAUGUAAAUCUGAAAAGACAAAUUGAAAAUUAUUAUAUUGAUAUUUCAUUAUAUUUAGUCUGUAAUUAUGUACAAUGUUGCUAAAUUUGAAGUUCUGUUAAGUUAUAUUGUAUGACUGGAUGUGAUAGAGAAUCUGUAAUUACAUUUUGUACUCCAACGUCAAAGCACUACUAUACAUUAAAUUACUGCAGCCUAUACACAAAGCGUGGAACAAUAUUAUGAUGUGGGUCAUUAUACCUAAAAAAGGUAGUUUUACAUGGCAUUGAAGGCCUUUAUACAAUGGAUUAGGCACGAUGUACGAAACAGUAAUGUAAUUUUAAUAAGUAUUAAAUUUCACCUAUUUCACGAAUGAAUCCUGGUUUUUAUAAUAUUGAUGUUUUUUACAGUUGAAUUAUAUCAAAUUGAAAUCAAAUUCACUAAGGAUUUAAUAGGUUCAGAUGAUCUUGGACUUAUACAUUAGUAAACAAAAUUAUUAAUUCCAUCCAAUGACCUACAGAUAUAUAAUUAUUUUAACUAGCUAUAAUAUGAUAAUUUAUGAUAGAUACGUUUUUUCUUGACACUUGCACCGAUAUACAUGAAUAUUCAUUAGAAUUGCAUAUCUUUUCAUUACACUUGCAGUUUUGUAGCAAGAAAUAGACUGUUAUUUGUAAUAAUAUAAAACUAACUACAUGUAGUUGUCUGCAAUUGUGUGCUUAUUUCAUUGCUGUGUAUUAGCCAUGGCCAUUUUGAUAUAGAGACAAUGUCUACUUUUAGAAGCAGAUGACCACCUCAAUGGCUGAACAGCUUGAGAAAAUCCUGUUGCUAGCAAUGCAGGGAUGUUUAAAUUGGACUAAGGUGAAAGACACAAUCUCGAGGAAUACACACUGUUCUGGUUCGCUUUAGAGCUACUGAUUUUUGGGAAAAUGAAGUACUCAAAACACAUCAUAGAACUGUAUAAUUGUUCCAUUUCACCAUGUUAAAAAUGUAAUGGAUGGCAGAAAAAUCUGUUUCUAGGGAAGUGUCUUUCAAGCUGGAGUGUAAAAACAUUCUGACGAGAAUGGCACUCUGUGUUUGUAGGCUGUGAAAUAUGUACAUUGGUAGGACCACAUUGAAAUAUGUGCAAUUUUGGAAUCUGUUACUGUUAGGGGAAUUAUUAAUUCUUAAAUACAAUGGAUGGCUUAUACUGGCUUUAUAGAUCAAGCUCCCUGCUACUGCUGUAAAUCCUCAAUACCACAGGUGUUACAUUACAGUAACUGUACUUUCGCGGUCUAGGACCGCUAGAAUAUGUCCAUCCUCACUACUCUAGGUGUUAUGUUUACUAUACUUUCGCACUCUGUGACCACUAGAGUGUGUCCAUCCUCAUACAGGUGUUAUGUUUACUAUACUUUCGCACUCUGUGACCACUAGAGUGUGUCCAUCCUCAUACAGGUGUUAUGUUUACUAUACUUUCGCACUCUAGGACCACUAGAAUAUGUCAAACCCGACACUCCAGCGGUUACGUUCACUUUCGCUAUCUGGCACCCUUGGCAUAUGUCGUGGCAAAAUUUAUGUCUCAAGCACGGUCACUUCUUCUAUUAAACAAAAAGGCUGAUUUGUUCUUAGAUAUUCAUCAAAUGAAUCCUAAAGUCGUCAUAUCAUUGAAUUGACCUGUUUUUGAGCUUGUUUGUUGUUCCAUUGUGGUUUUCACAACAAAUGCGCUAGCUAAUUAGUGAAUUGUCAGGUGCGUUUUUUUAAUAGAUUUUAUUUGUUUGCUUUCGAUUUUGCCAUGAUUUAUACCAUGGUACACUAACCACUAGACUGUCACGGAUGCUGGUGUACAUGUGUAUAUCAAAGGUUAUUUGUUAAUGAUAUUGUAUAAUAAAUGUAACAUGUAUUGAUCAACUGCCAUAACAAGCAGAUCAAUAUUUACAAAUUAUACUUAAUUACGAUAGGGGACUUGACAAUUCAACGUGAUUUCCCUCAAUGUUAAAAAACAGCAAAGAAUACCGACAUGAUAACGAAACUAAUUCUAACUCGAAAUCGAUAAAAUGAGGGCGAGGAAACAUUUGUAAAGUGUAGGUAAACGUCUUCUUAAAACGUCCUUAUCAUUGUACCCCAACAUCAGUGUGUGUCUUAGUUGGUGAGAUGGAUAUUGAACGGUUGUCCUUGUUAUAAUAUAGAGGUAAUCAAAUCUCGAACGUGUAUGCUCAAAUAAGUUUGUCCUUCCUUCAGUUGUUAUAUAGUGGUUUCACGGAGAUACAUUUUGGGAAUAGAUACUUCUGUCAGUAAUCAACUAAUAUCAGAAUCAAUUACGUUGAGUACACAUACAAAACUAAUUCUUCGUAUUUAUCAUUAAACUCUUUUCAAUCACA